UCAUUUUUCCCUCUUUUUACCUCUCUCUCUCUCUCUACCUGUCUUCAAUAUAAUCCCUCCCGUCGUUUUCUUCAUGAUUUCUCUUCUUCAAACUAUUUCUCUCUCCUCCAGGGUUGAUUUGUAGUGAUUGGAGAUGAAUCUAACGGUGACAGUUGUAAAGGAGCAGAAGAACGAUUAAGAUUUGUUGUUUUAUUUUUUAUUAUUUUUUUAUUUUUAAGAAAGGAUAACGUGAUUAGAAGGAGGUCCAGAUCAAAGUGUUGGUAUCAUGGGUUAUCUGAAUUCAGUCCUGACAUCGUCUUCCAAACCAAACCUUGCCGACGAUGCGCCGGUCAGCGGUGGCGGUCUCAGUCAGAAUGGAAAAUUUAGCUAUGGAUAUGCAAGCUGCCCAGGAAAAAGGUCAUCAAUGGAGGAUUUCUUCGAGACAAGGAUUGAUGGUGUAGAUGGAGAGGUUGUUGGUCUCUUUGGAGUUUUUGAUGGUCAUGGAGGUGCUCGAGCUGCAGAGUAUGUUAAGCAAAACCUUUUCAGCAAUUUGAUCAGGCAUCCAACUUUUAUUUCUGACACCAAAUCAGCAAUAGCUGAUGCAUAUAGCCAUACAGACUCUGAAUUUCUGAAAUCAGAAAAUACUCAGAAUAAAGAUGCUGGAUCAACAGCGUCUACUGCUAUUCUUGUUGGUGAUCGUUUACUGGUUGCAAAUGUUGGGGAUUCAAGAGUUGUUGUUUGCCGUGGUGGGACUGCUAUUGCUGUUUCUCGGGAUCACAAGCCAGACCAGAAGGAUGAGCGACAACGUAUUGAAGAUGCUGGAGGUUUUGUCAUGUGGGCAGGUACCUGGAGAGUUGGAGGUGUGCUUGCUGUUUCCCGAGCAUUUGGUGAUAGGCUUUUGAAGCAGUAUGUUGUCGCAGAUCCAGAAAUCAAGGAGGAAAAGGUUGACAGUUCACUUGAGUUCCUUAUCCUUGCAAGUGACGGGCUGUGGGAUGUAGUGACAAAUGAGGAAGCUGUGUCGAUGGUCAAGCCCAUCCCGGAACCUGAGGAAGCAGCAAAGAGACUAAUGCAAGAAGCUUAUCAAAGAGGCAGCGCAGACAACAUCACCAUUAUCAUAGUGCGUUUUCUGGCUAACGAAGGGGAUGCCUCUCACAGUGGCUCUGGUUGAGGAGUGCUAUCUUUCCGCAAGGACUAAUUGCCGAUAAUAUGAAUAGGAUUGUAAGUAAAUAUAGAAGAAGUAAAAAAAAACAGACUUCUGGGUGUUAUUUAAUAGAGAGACGACCUUAGACAGGGAACAUGUCUGACUUGCAGCCAGCUUAUCAAGAAGUUAAACGAGUGAGUGAACCUACCUAUAUAUAUAUAUGAGUAGCGUCCGUGAUUUAUUAUUUGUUCUAAAUUUAACUGUCAUUUCAUUUGAAUAUGAAUAGAAUGGGAAACUUGACCAA